AUGGUAUGGCCAUUUGGAGCCUCGGCACCCAAAAAAGGCACGGAUCAUGAGGAUCAGCCCAAGAAGAGGCCUGUUUCCUGGGCAGAUUCUUUGAGGAGCAGCGAGGUCGGGCCUCUGGAAGCCGCCAAAGCAUGGGCACCCAUGGUUGGAUUUUCUCUAGUAGGCCUCGCCGCGCUGCAGCUAUAUGCGAAUUACCUUCGUCGAAUUCCAGGAGCAGCCUAUGUACGGCCAAACUUCUUUCGCAAUCGGAGCCUGUACGGCAAAGUGACGAGUGUUGGCGAUGGCGACAACUUCCAUCUGUUCCACACGCCUGGCGGGAAAGCUGUGGGCUGGGGAUGGCUUAGAAAGGUCCCCGAGGCAAGAAAAGAGCUCAAGGGACGGACUAUCCCGAUCCGCAUCGCCGCGGUUGAUGCGCCAGAGGGAGCGCACUUUGGAAAGCCAGCACAACCCUACUCAGACGAGGCCCUGCAGUGGCUCCGAAGCUACAUCUUGCGCCGAAAUGUGCGCGCAUACAUCUACAAGACAGACCAAUACGAGCGGAUCGUGGCUACUGUCUACGUCCGCAGGUUUCUCUUCCGCAGGAAUGUCGGACUCGAGAUGAUUAAGAGUGGGCUGGCCACCGUAUACGAAGCCAAGAGCGGCGGCGAGUUUGGAGGCCUGAAAGAACGAUAUGAGAGGGCAGAGGCCAAGGCAAAGAAAAAACGCAAGGGAAUGUGGGCGGGGGAUCCAAAGGCCUAUGAGAGUCCGAGGGAGUACAAGACAAAGUGGGCGUCGCAGCAAGGCAAAGAGUAA